UGACGCGCUCCUUCCGGUUGUUCGAUAGUUGCUUGCUGGUGGCAUCCUGUUGUUGAUAUGAUCAUUUAGGUAUAUCGUGGUUUAUUUGGAGUUUUAUUGUUAUUUUGCGGCUACGUCAGCGCAAUAGGGAAAGUCGUCUUUUAGUGGAUUGUUUGUGAGUGUUUAUAAUGUCAGGAGGAACUCGACUUGAAAACGCCAAUCCUCUGAUAUUUCAGCGAUCAGGUGAAAGACUCACCACUGCCAGUGACGAAAACGAGGAUGUUGCUGAUCCCAUCGAUGACAGAGAGAUCUUCGAUCUCAUCAGAUCGAUAAAUGAUCCUGAGCACCCACUGUCCCUCGAAGAACUAAAUGUCGUGGAACAGAUCCGCGUUCAAGUGAAUGACCAAGAGAGCGCAGUAUCUGUAGAGUUCACCCCUACCAUCCCACACUGCAGUAUGGCCACCCUCAUUGGCCUGUCUAUCAAAGUCAAGCUUCUGCGCUCCCUGCCUGACAGAUUUAAGAUUGAUGUUCACAUCACACCUGGCACACAUGCGUCUGAGGAUGCAGUUAAUAAGCAGCUUGCAGACAAAGAGAGAGUGGCAGCAGCUCUGGAGAACUCUCAGCUGCUAGAGGUGGUCAACCAAUGUCUGUCCACUAGAGCCAUGUGAUUGGAGAAAUCCAUACAUGCAAGCCAGAGCUGUGUAAUAGUAAUUUGAUAUUACCUGAUAAGAAAAGGAAGCCUUACUGUUAAAAAAUUAUACUUAUGAAAAAUGUUUUUGGAUAUGCUGUUUACGUAUUGCUCCAAUGGAGUAUUUAAAAUCCAACAUGUAUCAGGAAUAGAAUAUUGGAACUGGAUCCCGUUUUAUGUUUGAGUGUAAGUGGAUAAACUCAUUGAUAUAUAUUUGUAUAAUUUAGAAUAGAAUUGCUCAUUGUCUUAUAUCGAUUCAUCAUCUUGAAAAAAAAUAAACAGUUCUGCUUUUGUCAUUCUAA